AUGGCGACCUACCGGCACUUGUCUCAUUAUGUGUACUCAAUCUGGCUCUUCACAAGAAGCGAUCUCAAGACCAUCGUAGGUCCUAGUACGGCCUUUGGAAUGUCCAAUGCCCUCGUAGCCUCGGCGUACAGUCUCUACCUCCCUCUGGCCCUGGACCUCACCAAACCCUCUACAUUUUUCAGAGUCACUGCCAUGGUCGCAUUUUGGGCAUGGAUCAACCUCCUUCCGCAUGCGAUCGAUAACCAACUCUCUCCCAAGGCAAUCUCCGAGGACGCGUGCAACAAACCAUGGAGGACACUGCCGUCCAACCGCAUGACACCGAAGCAGGCUGGUGCAUUGAGAAUCCCUCUGUACGCGUUUGCGUUCAUCAGCAGCUGGCAACUUGGAGGUGUACGCCAAAGCAUAACGCUACUCGGUCUCGCCAAAUGGUACAAUCACCUGGGUGGUGGUGACGCCAACGCAUUGGUGCGGAAUUUUAUCAACGGUGCCGGAUAUAUGUGCUACACUUCUGGGGCUCUCGAGGUUGCCUUGGGCAACACUUGGCUGCCGGUUCAAGCUUUUCCAUGGCUUUUUAUCCUUGGCCUGGUGGUUUUCAGCACAGUGCAGACGCAGGAUUUCCACGAUCAGGCGGGGGAUAGCGUACGGGGUCGAAAGACAUUGCCGCUGCAGAUCGGUGACAGCCCUGCCAGGCACGCCACGGCGGUGCUUGUAUUAUUUUGGUCGUGCAUGUGUGCGUGGUUCUGGAAGCUAUAUGCUGUUCCGGUAGGAUGUGUGCCGACGGCAUUGGGUUGUUGCAUCGCAUAUCGACUCUUGACCAAACGAAGCAUCGAUCAAGACAAGGCGACCUUUCGACUCUGGAAUCUGUGGAUGGUGGUCUUGUUUGUGAUGCCUGUAACGCACACCUUCGCCCAGGGGUGUGGGGUUGGCAAUGCUUGCUUUUGGGGACUGCGGGAAUGGCGGGCCCUUGCGUAA